ACCAAUCUUAGUUUUCACACCUUCUCAAGAAGGUUCUUCUUUUAGGCUCUGAAUCAUCUCAAAAUCUCUCCGCCGUGCCCGGAGGCCGGUCGCCGGAAUCGUUAUAUUGUGAUCCCACAAUUCUAGAUGGAUGCGGAUUCUUAUCUUUGAAUCUAAUUCGAAUCAGAGCCGUGGUCCACUUAUCUCACUGGAGUUGUUCUUGGAUUCAGAGGUGUUCAUGUCAUAGACCGGAGAAGGAAGGGAGACAGAAAGAAAGCGAGAGAGAAAGAAAGAGAAGCGCAUGGAAACUCAACUUUUGGAGAUCAUCUUGAUCUCUGCGCAGGGCCUCAAGCCUCCCUCCGGCAACUUACGGCGCAUGCAAACCUAUGCGAUCGCCUGGAUAGACUCAGCCAACAAGCUCCGCACACAAGUCGAUCGAGUGGGCGCGGAAAACCCGACCUGGAACGAUAAGUUCAUCUUUCGAGUCAGUUCUGAUUUCCUCGCCUGUGACACCUCCGCCGUAGCCGUCGAGAUCUACGCCGUUGGGGUCAUCCGCGACCAUCUGAUCGGCACCGUCCGUAUCCUAAUCAGCAACUGCCUUCCGGCCGCCGACCUUCGAUCCAGAAACUUCGCCGCAAGAUCUCCCUCCCUCACCGCCGUCCAGAUCCGGCGCCCCUCCGGGAGAUUUCAUGGCGUUCUCAACGUAGCUGCGGCAGUGGUCAACGCCUCAGACUUCGCUUCCUUGACCGGAAUGUUGGCGAUCGACCACCGCGAUCUAAUGGGACAGAGUCUCCGGCGCCGGCGCGGCCACCGGCGACGAACAGCGAAGAGCGAGCAACUCUCGGGCGGGGAAUCUUGUGACCACUCGUGUGCAGACUCCGCCGACUACUCGGACGGCGCAGAUUCGACGACUUCCUCUUCGUCAACAGCAUCAACGGUUCUCAAGGAUUGUAAUAUAUUGAGAGAGAUGGCGGGAACAAAGGCAUUCAAAUCGGACGACGGAGGAGUGCUGUGCGGGUUGGGGUUUCAAAGGAAGAUUCAUCUGAGUCCGUCAGAUCAGAAUUUCCAGGUCUUCCCAUCCAAUUGCAAGAAGAUGUGAUGAACGGUCAAGAUCGCUUCAACUCCUUUUUUCAGCUAACGGACAGUUUACAGUUAGGUUGGGCAUUGGCAAUCAUGUAAAUUCCACCGUUUACAAAGAGCCACUGACAAGUAGGUGAGGAAUGUAAGUGACCCAGCCACUGAAAUCUUGCCACGCCACGUUGCAGGUGAAAUCAACAUUUUUUAGUUUUUUUUUUUUUUUUUACUUUAAAACAGACGAAUCACAGUUAAUCCUAUUACUCGUUUACUGUUCAA